AUGGAACAACGGGAUAUGAAAACCGUUUUUCUGCUGGAUCGGAGCGCGAAAUUCGUGGAAAACUGUAACGAAACGUUCGAUGUCACAAUUCGAGAAGGCCCAAAACAGAAGAAACUUCAAUUCGAAAAAACCAUUUGGACGUGGUGCCUUGAGGGAAUCUUCGAAAUGCACAGAAUUCUGAGUGACGUCUAUCCACGUGGCACUCUACAGCUUCGAUUUGCCCUGGCGGACUUCAUGGGAAAGAUGUUGGAUACGCAGUGGACGGACGGAUUUUUGACUCGAGAAGAGCUCGGAGAACUCAUUGAGACUGUGAGCCGCCCGAGUGAGGCUAAUACUGAUAUUACACCAAUUGGUGGAUUGACUAUGGCCAUUGAAGCGUUGGCUGUGCAGUCGCCUGAACAGAGAAAUUAUAAUUAUGAUGUACGAUAUAGUGCAAACAAACGUACAGCUCAAAACUCGGAAGUAAUACGCGUGACACGAGAACUCAGAGGUCUUCCACCACUUCCAACUGUUCAAAACGCCGGAAAUUUGAUUAUGUACACCCGGUUGAAUACUCAAGAGGAAAUGGAACAAUUACAGACGGAGAUUGUCGAGUUAGUUGUGUCACGCAACAAAAUCGCCGACGCUCCUUCAAAUAAAACAUUCUGCCCAAUUACUUCUCUUCGCUUAUUCAUCGUGAAUUACUAUGCCACUGGAGACGAAUGUACAGUAAAAACUCAUUCCCUUCAAGCUCAUCCGGAUCUUCCACUGCUCAAAAUUUGGGUAAUCUCACGAAAAGCCGCGGAUAUGUGUGACGCGAUUCAUUCAUUGCUUGUUGAUGCAUUCGAUCUAGGAUCAACUACAGUAACCAAGAUCCCAAUGAAAGAAGACAAUCGAGGAUCUUCGAAUUAUGAUGUUGAGCUGUUUCAUUCGGGAAAAGUUCAUGCGAUGCUCAAGGAGAAUAACCUUAUCGAUACGGUGAGCAAAAAAGGCGACUCGGACAAGGGUGUAACUUACGAUACAAUGCGGCUCACCUGGACCACAGCUCCCAAGACAAAAUGGUCAUUGUUCCCAUACCACGGAGCAGCUGUCCCGUGUACUACGGCUCAAGCAUAUUCCCGCCCGUCAGCCUGCCUUACCCAAUUCGUUCGUGAUGGUCGAUGUGUGAUGCUUGAUUCGGAGAAAACUACAGAACUCGGAAUGAAUAUGCAUGAAAAACUUGUCUCACAUUUGCUUAUUGCGAAUCGUGGAAGAAUUUUUAUUCAGGAAAUUGAUUUCAUGCAGAAAAAAGCCGACCGAAUCGCUGGAAAACUGAAGCGUCCACGUGUGCUUCAUGCUCCGGAGGAUCCGAUUAAUAUGAACCAACUUCGGCACACUUAUAAGCAGCUCGAGCUCCGUUUUGUCGCCAAAAACCGCAUGGACGAUAAUUUGACAGAAAAAGAGACGGAGAAAUGGACAGGAUUGAAGAAUUCAGAUUUGAAGAAAAGAUUUCAACGAAUUUCCAAAAAUAUUCCAUGUUUCGCAGCGGAUACAUUUAUUUUCAAUGAGAAAGUUACACCAAAACUCGAGCCAUUAAUCAGUUUAAUCACAAAAACUACAUUAUCAGAAAAUGACGUGGAUAAGUGUAAACAAUGCAUUGUAACACUUUAUCAAAUGAAAAAUGAACGACAAUACGUGAUUUCACCGGAAUCUGACAUCAAAAUCAGCUCAGUUCGGAAUUUGAAGGAUCCAGAUGAACAAUUGAGAGUGACAUUUGUGGAGUUGGCUAAACAUAUCAUGAAAUAUGUUACUUUCUCUGAAAAACAUAAGGAGAUUUAUAAGACCUAUAUGACUACAUUGAAUGUUGAUAAACUGUUGGAAGUUGAUUUGGAUGAUGAUGAAGCUGUUGAUAAAAUGUUCGUGAAAUUCUCAUUUUUUGGAAAAUCGGACACCGCUUCAAAAACCGAUGAAGAUGAAGAUUCCAGUGAUGAUGAAGACGAGGAAAUCCUUAAAAGUCCGGCAUUGAAGAAACUAUUUGGUUAUGUGGAUGCACGAGAUGAACGAAAAUAUGAAGAAUUAUAUGGUCAGGGAUUCAAAAAGAAGAAGCCUGAAGUCGAGGAGAAGCCGAUUGUUAUGGCAAAAGAGAUCAAAGUGGACAUAUUCUCGAAUAUGUGUGACAUGCUUGAAGUAAAAGAAUCGAAAAUUCGUCGAGAAUUCGUUGGCCGAGAAACGCACGGAAACAUUGCUCCACUUUACCCACAACUUGCCGAAAAACUGGAGAGACCUGCGAGCCCGGCUGCCACAGAACGAGGAACUGAACGGGUUCGGAAUACCGCUGAACGAGGAGGAUCCGGUACACCACCACCUGGUGGACGAAGAAAUUUCCAAUAAUUGAUCUCUUGUACUAUUUUUUUUCUGUUUUUUGAAAGAAAAUGCAGGGUUCUUUGUGUUGUAAUUAAAUGAAUCUUUGAAUUUUGCUGCCAUUAUUGAAAUUAUAGAUUUUUCGAAAACUAA